AUGGUGGAUUUCAUCACUUUCAUGUAUGCUUCCCCUUUCUUCAUCCUACUCUUCUUUCUGGGUAAAUCCCACUACUUUACUCGACUUUCCACCAAGAAAAACCUACCGCCAUCACCACCAAGGCUGCCGGUGAUCGGCAACCUCCACCAGAUCGGUCCACUCCUCCACCGCGAUCUUGCAUCUUUAUCCCAACGCCAUGGUGGUCCACUCAUGCUCCUCCACUUGGGCUCCGUCCCAACCCUGGUGGUCUCAUCGGCGGACGCCGCCAGAGAAAUACUGAAGACCAAAGAUCUCGUGUUUGCCAACCGACCUGACGUCCGAAUGUGGCGGAGACUCCUCUACGACAACAGAGAAGUAUCGGUGGCACCUUAUGGUGAGUACUGGAGGCAGGUUAAGAGUAUCAUGGUUCUCCAUCUGUUGAGCAACAAAAGGGUGGAAUCCUGUAAUGAGGUGAGGGAGGAAGAAAUGGCGAUUGUUGUUGAGAAAAUCAAGAAAUCACGUGAGCAUGGGGAGGCGGUGGAUUUGAGUGAUUUGUUCUUGACGUUCACGAAUGAUGUGGUGUGUAUGGUGACGUUUGGGAGGAAGUACAGUGAAGGGGAGAGAGGUCGGAGGUUCAAGAAGAUGUUGGGGGAGUUUUUUGCUGUUUUGGGUGGUUUUGAUUUGGAGGAUCUUCUUCCUCGGUUUGCAUGGGUGGCUCGACUUAGUGGGUUCGACGCUAGGGUGGAGAAGGUGGCGAGAGAACUGGACGAAUUCUUAGAGGGUGUGGUGGAGGAGCGGCUGAAGAAACAGGCGGAGGGUGGUGGUGGUGGUGGUGGUGGCGGUGGUGGUAGAGAAGACUUUGUUGAUAUAUUGUUGAAGAUCCAAAAGGAUGAUAGCGUAGGAGUACCACUGGAGAGAAUCGCCAUUAAAGCACUCCUCUUGGAUGCUUAUACUGCUGGAACAGACACAACAGCAACUGUGAUAGAAUGGGCAUUUACAAAACUUUUGAAACAUCCGAAGGUUUUGAAGAGAACCCAGGAUGAAGUCAGGACAGUUCUCAAGGGUAAGCAACAAAUAAGCCAAGAUGAUAUCAACAACAUGAAGUACUUGAAAGCCGUGCUUAAAGAAACUCUUCGACUUCAUCCCCCAAUCCCAACCCUCGUUCCUCGAAUUUCCAGCCAAGAUGUUAAUAUCAUGGGCUACGACGUUGAAAAAGGAACAAGGGUUAUCAUUAAUGCAUGGGCCAUUGCGAGAGACCCUAAAGUGUGGGAUGAACCCGACGAGUUUCGACCAGAGAGAUUCUUGGAUUGUUCUAUUGAUUUCAAAGGGUUUGAUUUUAAUUUAAUCCCAUUUGGUGCCGGAAGGAGGGGUUGUCCUGGAAUUACAUUUGCAAUGACGACAAACGAGAAUAUAUUGGCUAAUCUUCUGCAUAAGUUCGACUGGGAGUUGCCGAAUGGAGGUAAGGCAGAAGAUCUAGACAUGAAUGAACGACAUGGCCUUACGAUUCGCAAAAGAACUCCUCUUUUAGCCGUUGCGACACCUUUCCCUUCAUAACUCAUGUACGUCCCAAGUAAACGGUGUUAAAAUUACGUAACGCAUAGUUAAGCAUUUCAAUAUAUCAAUAAGUAACUAGGUACGAGUGUACGAUCUUUUCAAAAAGUCUAUUUAAUACAAGAAUGCUUGUAGCAUUUGCUUAUCAGAUAAUUUAGUAAUAUGAUUGUAUAAAGUGAAAAUCAUGUAGUGAUUUGUUAU